CUUCAAUUGUCGGCGUGCUUUAUUCUAAACAGUGCUGGAGUAGAAUCCCUGAGCUUGAAAUAUACGAGUUAAGGGAUAAUCGCCCUCGGUAUUGACCAGUUUCCUUUGGCCUUCCUCCAUAUACCCACCUGUUCUCCGAUUACCCCAGCAAGAUGGACUACGAAGGUUUGAAGGAUCAAUGGAGUGAUGUCGAGGACCGCGAUGGAAUCAGGUUGAGCUGGAACACAUUUCCAAGCUCCCGGAUGGAAGCGUCCCGACUUGUUGUCCCUAUCGGUGCCAUCUACACCCCUUUGAAGGAAAGACCAGAUGCUCCCCUUCUUCAAUAUGAGCCAGUGACCUGCAAAGCGCCAUGCCGGGCAGUUCUGAACCCUUAUGCCAACGUCGACGUGCGCGCUCGAAUCUGGAUAUGCCCUUUUUGUCUCAUGCGGAACCCCCUUCCUCCACACUACAAGGAUAUCACAGAGAGUACGAUACCCCCCGAGCUUCACCCGUUGAGCACGACCAUCGAAUAUCAACUUGCUCGUCCCGCCCCUGCUCCUCCGAUCUUCGUAUUUGUUGUCGACACCUGCCAGGAAGAUGACAGCCUGAAGGCUGUAAAGGAUUCACUGAUUUUGAGUUUGUCUCUGUUGCCACCGAAUGCUCUUGUUGGUUUGAUUACAUUUGGCACCAUGGCACAAGUGCACGAACUCGGAUACACUGAAUGCGCCAAAUCAUAUGUUUUCCGGGGUAGUAAGGACUACAACGCAAAACAGGUCCAGGAAAUGCUUGGAUUGGCCUCGGGAAUCCGCCCUAAUAUGCCAAACAUGCCGCAACAGCCAGUCCGCCCUCCGCUUGGCGCUGCCGCCCGAUUCCUCUUGCCUGUUCAACAAGCCGAGUUCCAAAUUACGAAUAUGCUUGAGCAGCUUCAGCGCGACCCUUGGCCCGUGGCAAAUGAUAAGCGCCCCUUGAGAUGCACUGGCGUGGCUCUUAACGUCGCCGUCGGAUUACUUGAAUCCUCCUUCCAGAAUGCCGGUGCGCAUAUCAUGCUGUUCACAAGCGGCCCUGCUACUGAGGGUCCGGGCCUUGUUGUGAGCCCCGAACUGAAAGAGCCCAUUCGUUCUCACCACGACAUUGACCGUGACAAUAUUAAAUACUACAAAAAGGCAUUGAAGUUCUACGAUGCCCUGGCCAAGCGCGCUGCGAAUAAUGGUCACGUAGUCGAUCUUUUCGCUGGCUGCCUCGACCAAGUUGGUCUUCUGGAAAUGAAGAACCUCGCUAAUUACACUGGAGGUCAUAUUCUUCUUACUGACAGCUUCACCUCAUCACAAUUCAAGCAGUCUUUUAUCCGCGUGUUCGAUAAAGAUGCAAACGAUAACCUUCUUAUGGGUUUCAAUGCAUCUCUCGAAGUUUUGACCACGAAGGAGCUUAAGGUCACCGGCCUCAUUGGCCAUGCUGUUUCUCUUAACAAGAAGUCCAGCUCCGUGGGUGAGACAGAAUGCGGUAUCGGCAACACCUGUGCCUGGAAGAUGUGCGGUAUCGAUCCUUCUUCGAGCUAUGGUAUUUAUUUCGAAAUCGCGAACCAGGGUGGUCCUGCAGCCGUACAACCAGGGCCUCAAAGGGGGAUGAUGCAGUUCUUAACCUACUACCAGCACUCUUCCGGACACUUCCACCUUCGAGUCACAACCGUUGCACGAAACCUGAGUGGUCCUGCAGGUGAUCCCACUCUUGCACAGUCUUUCGACCAGGAGGCCGCCGCGGUGCUCAUGGCUCGUAUCGGAGUCUUCAAGGCCGAGGUUGACGAUGGUCCGGAUGUCCUCAGAUGGGUAGAUAGGAUGCUCAUUCGACUUUGCUCGCGCUUUGCCGACUACCGUAAGGAUGACCCUACGUCUUUCCGACUUGAGAAGAACUUCACACUCUAUCCUCAAUUCAUGUUCCAUCUCCGCCGAAGUCAGUUCUUGCAGGUCUUCAAUAACUCUCCCGACGAGACUGCUUUCUAUCGCCAUGUGCUCAAUCACGAAGAUGUCGGCGACUCUCUUAUUAUGAUCCAGCCAACCUUGGAUUCGUAUUCACUAGAGCAUGAAGGUAGCCUACCAGUAUUGCUGGAUUCGGCUUCCAUUCAGCCCACUCAUAUUCUUCUUCUGGAUACCUUCUUCCAUAUCCUUAUUUUCCACGGUGAAACUAUCGCCGAAUGGAGAAAGGCAGGUUACCAGGAUCAGGAGGGCUAUGAGAACUUAAAGGCUCUUCUUGAUCUUCCAAAGGAGGAUGCAAGGGAACUCAUUUCGGAACGCUUCCCACUGCCCCGAUUCAUCGUCUGUGAUGCCGGUGGGUCCCAGGCACGUUUCCUCUUGUCCAAGCUUAACCCGUCCACGACACAUACAACAGGAGGCUACGGUGGAGGCGUGUCGUCACAGACUAUUUUCACCGACGACGUGUCUCUGCAAACUUUCAUGGACCACCUCAUGAAGCUUGCGGUUUCUGGAACGAGUUAA